AUGUUUUUCUCUUCUUCUUCAGAAAUAAUAUCCAAUCUUGAGAGAACUCUUGCUGAAGGACGAAAGGUCUCCAAUGUUGACAUCCAGGUGAUGUUUCAGUGUAUAUCAAGGUGUCGUUUUCUGGUCCAGCAGCUCAUUAAAAAGGAAGAGGAUCCAUUUUAUAAGAAUUUAGUUCUUCAAUUGGAAGAAACCCUAGCAACUCAAAUAAACAUCUUACAAGCAAAAAUCGAACAGCUUAACGGUAAAAAGAUACAAGUUACGCAAGGUGACCCUCAGCAGAGAGUGCGCAGAAGCGCUAUCGAGGACACCAUUAUUACAAAGGGAGGCAUCAGAUUCCAGGAUAUUGCUGGCCUAAAUGACGCUAAAGAAGCUCUAAGAGAAGCCAUCAUAAUUCCUCUAUUGUUUCCUCACCUGUUUACAGGGAGCAUCAAACCUUGGAAAAGAAUUUUACUAUACGGACCCCCGGGAACAGGAAAAUCCCGCCUCGCACAAGCUGUGUCCUCUGAGAUUAAGUCUACAUUCUACUGUGUGUCUAGUUCUGAUCUGGUGUCCAGCUGGGUCGGCGAGAGUGAGAAGUUGAUAAAAGAAUUAUUCCAACAUGCAACUAAGCAGAGCGGGCGAUCAGUGGUCUUUAUCGACGAGAUAGACAGCAUCUGUCGCCAGAGAAGCUCCAGGGAAGAGGAGUACACGAGACGGAUCAAGACUGAGCUACUGAAGCAGAUGGAGGGGGCGGAUAACGCUGACACCUAUGACCAAAUCUUCCUCUUGUGUGCCACCAACUGCCCCUGGGAACUGGACUCCGCCUUCCUCAGGAGAUUCCAGAGAAGAAUAUUCAUACCACUUCCAGACAAAGAAGCCAGAAUUGACUUGAUGAAAAUUCACACCAAAGACAACAAAGUAGUGAUGUCUGACGAAGACUGGACAGUGUUGGGAGCUCAGACAGAGGGGUAUUCCGGAAGUGACCUGGCUAACCUGACCUUAGAAUCGCUCUUCUGUCCAAUCAGGGAGCUACAAACGUCGAAGGAAUGGAAACAGAAAGAUGAUCAGUUUGUUCCGUGCAAGGACGGAGAAGAACCAGAUGUAAAAGCCACCAUUGUGGACAUUCCAGCUCACAAGGUACGUCCUCGGGAAGUUACGUUGAACGAUUUUAUGGCUGCAUUGAAAACUCACAGAAAAACUGUUACACAAGAUGAAAUUCAAAAGUUUGAAAACUUCACAAAAUCAAUGGGCGAACAAGGCUGAUAUGGGAAAAAAAUUACUUAACUGAUAGGUAUUAGUUAAGAACAUGUGCGUGCCUUUAGAAAGUCUGAAUAUCUAAGGGUUUUUUUAUAUAUAUUAUUACCUUACCAUUGCUUAUUAAAUAUUUAUUGUUUCUAUACAAUGUGGUCAUGUGCUUGGGAGCAGAGGGUCACGAUGAUGAAAUAGUUGUCUUUGUUGAGAACAUAACAGGCUUCGUAGCUACAACGUUUGUUAUGCAGUGGAAAUGUUUUGUAC